AUGAAAAUGUGGUCCAAACCAGUUGGUCAGGAUGAUAUGACCAUGUUGAGAGAUGUUUCAGAUGAAGCUGUCGCUGAAAACCUAAAACAUCGCUUAAAUGCUGGAAUUAUUUACGUAAGUAUUCAAUUCAACAUUUUACUUACGAGGUGCUUUUCUUGAUUCGCGUUUCUCUUUACUGGGAAAAAAGGUGUUUCAACGUACUAUUCUUUUCAAAACAUUCAAAACCUUAAACAUACCAGUCGAUUAAAAAUGAAUUUGUAUUUUUCUUGAGGAUUUCGCGAAUGCGGCUAGAGGCAAGAAAAUGUUGAUGACAUUCUCUUGCCAGAGGUGUGUUUACCAUCUAUAACGGCGCCAAACCGGCGUUAAGUUCCAGACCACGCAAGUUUUUAUGUUCUCGCGUUGUUGCUUUGCAGAGGACGGCUGGAAAAUGUACAAAGUUAUAGCGACGCUUUCGUUGUCUUUGCUGUAUUGGAUAGCUUAAUGUCACUGUUAAAACUUUAACACAUUAUAGGGGGAAUUUGUUUUUCAGACAUACAUUGGUCGAGUGUUGAUUGCCGUCAAUCCAUACAAAGCCCUGGAUAUUUAUGGCGCAGACACUCUUGAAGUUUAUUGUAAAGAUGGAAGUAAAGUUGAUGAGCUUGAGUGUGAAAUGAGAGGAAUCACUGUACCUCUUCAUAGAGAUCGAGUAUCACGCUGCUCCACAGCUAAGCUGCCAGCUUUUGAGCCUCACACAAAAUAUUUAGAAAAUCUUAAUACACACAAGGUAAAAAGGCAUCCAUGUAUUGAAACUUUAAUCGAUACAAAUUAAGGAUUUCACUAUUUUUAGCUUCUAAUUAAAUCAAGAAUCACGAUCAUAUUACCUAAAUUCUUUCCAUUGGCUUGCAAUAAAUUACUGUAUUAUCUUUAAAAUUUUACCCAAAACUUACGAGGCUCUUAAAAGUUUGGCACCUUCGUAUAUACGCGAUACUCUUACACCUUCCACCUUUUGCUUAAAAAAACGUACGGUGCAAGAUCCUUUUCCGAGGCAGCCCCAACACCGUGGAAUGCUUUGCCAUAUAACGUCAGAAACAGUUCGUCACUGUGUACUUUUAAAAGUGGACUUAAAACGCUUCUUUUCAAAAAAGCAUUUUAAAACGUUUUUUUCAGUUUUUACAUCAUUUUAAUAUUGAAAAGCACUUUGAACAUUCGGAUACCGGCGCUAAAUAUAUAUCUUUACCAUCGUCAUGAUAAUUUAUAGAUUAUUUUAGUUUAUUUUUGACUAAGCAGGAAGAUAGCUAAUUGUUAUCGCUCUUUUUUUUUGUUUACAGGGACCUAAGCCUCCUCAUAUUUACGGACUGACAACUGAUAUGUAUCACAAUAUGAUGAUAGAGAAAGAAAACCAAUGUGUCAUAAUAAGGUGUGAGGGUUGAUAAAUGAAUAACUAUAGCUCAGUUUUAGGAAUUAUUCCUGGAGAAUUCGCUUGUUAUAAAAAUGGGACAGAGUUAGUAUGAUCCUGAUAAGGAUACGAAGCACAGACCUACUACAGACUGUCAACACGGGUCUGGCCAAUCAGCCUGCAUAUUGUGAGAGAAUGAAAUAAUUUCAGUUUAAAUUUUCGUUUUUUCAGUUUAAAGACUAAUGUAAGUUGUGCCAGAUGAUAAAGUUUGAACCAGCUAACCAUGAUCAAGCUCAGAGCGGUACAAUCUUUUUUCAUGUGAUAGGAUUUUGAGUUUGACCAACAGGCUCAGUUGGUCAAAGGGCGGAUAAAUCUAUCCAACGAAUAAAUCCAUCGGAUAGUGAUUUAUCCAAUGGAUAGCGUUAUCCACUCUUUGAACAACCGUGGUCAGUACAGACACUACAUCUGAUUACUGCGUUCAUAUCGUGUCGCCGACCACUUUAUCACUUAUUUGUCGUUUGGGAAGAGGAGGCUCAUUCUCCUUUAACUUCAACAUGGUUUGUUGAUUUCUCAAAUUGCAGUGGUGAAAGUGGAGCUGGUAAGACUACAUCUGCACGGCACAUACUCAGUUGUAUUAACAAAGUUUCUGGCCGAGAAUCCGACAGAAUACAGGUAAAUAUGCCUCGCUCUGUGAGUACUGAUUAUUUUCUUUUUCCCCUCUAAGUAAUCACAGAUACUAAAGAACUUGUUUUAUUUGUUUCCUGUUCAGCAUAUUAAGGACAUCAUAGCUCAGUCUCAAGUUGUACUGGAAGCGUUUGGGAAUGCAAAAACCAUAAGGAACAGUAACUCAAGUAGAUUUGUAAGUUAAUUUUGUACUCUCAAAAAAAGACAGAGACAGGAAUGACGCAAAAAAAUUAGAUUGUUUCCUCAAUUGACAGGGAAAAUACCUUGAGAUACAGUUCAACCAGAACGGGCAACCAAAUGGAGGAAAAAUCUACAAAUUUUUGCUAGAAAAGGUCAGCUAUCCACUAAUCACUAGUUCUGUUUACCAUUAUGUGUGUGUUACUCUUAAAAGUUAUCAGACUUAUUUUUUUCUUUGUUGCAAUUACUUUUACAUUAAUUUUCAGUAUCGUGUAACUCACUUGACACAAGGCGAACGUAACUUCCACGUGUUUUACCAGCUGUUGUCCGGCUGUACGAGCAAGGAAAAAGGUAACUAAACCUUCGUUUUUAUAGACAUUUUAAAUGCUGCUUUACACCGAUGCAUUUCCGUAAGUAUGGGAAAAUAGCUAGAAAUCUUCUCGAUUGAGUGUCGUAAAAAACAAAAUUAAAGAAACCACAAAGGCCGAUCAGAAGAAUGGAGAAUACAUGUACCUUGAAGAGCUAAUGAGAACAUAAAGUAGAAACAACCAAACUGCCUGAAACGCGGGAAAAUGCGAGCGAUCAAGUCAUAUUUGGUUCUAGUUUUGCAUCUGAUUGGUUGAGAGAGUAGCUGGAGUUUUUCUGACCAAUCACAGAGCGAAGUUAAGCAAGAGUACAAUGAUGUUAAGUUAAUUUUUGUUUUUCAGGUCAGUAUGGCCUUCAAGGAAACGCGGAGAAUUUUUUCUAUCUAAAUCAAAGUGAAGUGUACACUACUGACAAUAAAGAUGACAAGAACGACUUUUUAGCAACAAGGGUGCGUUGAUAAGAAAGUUCUACAUACUUUGUGAAGGAUAGCGCAACUGUUUUUAGAUUUUCUAUGUGGUAAAAACAGGCUAGAACACGGCUUACGCCCGAACGGACUUUUUUUGAUUAAAUAAUGUUUACGAUAAGAUGAAGCCAAAUUGAUAUGGGAGACUCAAUUGAAAUGAUAGAGGAACACUACACUGAAUACGUGACUCACUAUUUUAUUUCAGACUGCACUGGACGUGAUCGGCGUAGACACUGCGAAGCAACAGAUAAUCUUGAAAGUGUUGUCCGCUAUCCUAACUCUUGGUAACAUUGAGUUUAAAGAAACUGAAAAUGUGGCCUGUCCAACUAAACAGAACUGUAAGAAUUUUAUUUUAAUCUCGUGAAACCAAUCUCUUGCGUAAAAUUUAUCUCAUCUAAGACAUAACUCUUGUCAAUCAUCGCAGAGCGUCGUUAAGGUUACAAAUUACAGUUAAGUUCAAGUGUUACUUAAUUUCCCCUUUGUCUUCCGUAGCUAUCACUGUGAGUGACCCGCGCAUAACAGUCAUUAAACAAGUGCUUCUGUCUUUGCGUUAGCCACAGAAGGUCUUAAGAUCGUGAUACUCAACGUAAAAUGUUGAUUAGCACCAUAAAAGCAAGAACUUCGAUUUUACAUUUCCGUUAACAAUCCUGUAUAUCAAAAUGGUAGUUUGGAUUUCUGUUGUUCUUCGUGACUUUUAGAGACACAAAUUUUACCUUCAGACUCUGUUGAUUUAACUUUUCCAUAGUUUGCUAUAAAACUGACAUGUUCUGCUUCUAUUUCGUUGUAUACAUCAGUGCUUGAAAGCCUCUCUCAAAUGCUCGGAAUUAAUAGAGAGAGCUUAGAGGAGAAACUAGUGAGGUAAGAAAAUAAGAAAAAGCUAAGAAAAGUAAGGUUGUACCCAUAUUAUGUUAAGAAGUUGGCACUUGAGGUUGAAAUGACCCGAAGAGAUUAUUUUUUUGAGAAUUUUUUUUUUUGUUAUUAAAAAUAGUGUCUUCGUGGAAACUCGCCGCGGCGGAAGAGUUGAAAUAACAAAGAAAACCAACAACAAAUGUCAGGUGGGUAUCAUUGAAUCCCAUUAUUUUGUUUCUGUCCUGUUUUUUUUUUUAAUAUGUUUCAUAUCUUUGUACAUCCACAGGCAGUGGCUGCCCGCGAUACCCUGUCUAAAGCCUUAUACUCACAUUUGUUUGAUUACCUCGUCAAGGUUCGUAACACUUAUUUACUCUAGCUAUUCGUUCCGUCCGUCCGUUCGUUCGCACUUCCUUACUUUUUUGUUUCAAUCGUUCCGCUUAAUUAAUCAUACUUACUUCGAGAACAGGUUAUCAAUGGUGCCCUAAAGAAAGAUAACGACUAUUUAUCCAUCGGAAUACUGGACAUUUAUGGAUUUGAAUCUUUCAAAGUGAGUAUACCUCUUCUUUCCGUCUGUUGCUCUGCCAUGCCCAGUCGAAGUAACUUUUUCGUGUUCGUACAUUUUUUGUGCAAAAAGUAAGUAAGGUCUGUACUCAAGCCAAGUAGCCCACCUACCCCCCGCCCCCCUCUCCAAAAGCCGGAGUUUAUCUCAGCUUCCCUAGCAUGAAGGGACUUGGAUUAUCACUUCUCCUUUUGGAUGAGAUGGUAGUCCAUCCUAAGGUGUUACCCCGCAGCAUGUCAUCAGACUCCCUGGCAAAUUGCCAGCACCCAUUUAUACUCCUGUGUUGAAAUAGGCCCUGUGAGAGUGAAGUGUUUUGAUCAAGAACCUAUCACAAUUACCCAGCCAGAUCUCGAACCCGGACCUCUCGACCCGAGAGGUCUUGCACACCAACUAUAAGACCACUGGGCUUCCCACGUUACUUUUGUGUAAAAUGCGUUUUUGACUCAUUACCAGGAAAAUAGCUUUGAACAGUUCGCCAUCAACUACGUGGACGAGAAACUUCAACAAGUUUUUGUGGAACUUACAUUUACAAUUGAACAGGUAAUGAAGAAAUUCUUUCUAAAUUGGAAUUUGCUUUACAAAUCAAGUGUCACCAGUUUAACAUGGUUGUCAUUUGAAGGAAUGAAAACAGUUCAGUUGUACAGUGUCACUUAUGAAUAGCUAACCUUUAUCUUAUCAGGAAGAAUAUAUCAGAGAAGGUAUUGCCUGGAAAACCGUAAAUUACUUCAAUAAUAAGAUAGUCUGCGACCUCAUCGAAAGCAAGGUAUGCUACAUUUGUUUUGUAACGUAUUGUCUUUCUCAAGAUCUGCCUCUCAAUGUUGAGCAUCGGUCAUCAGAUAAUGUUUCGUGUCCAAGUUGCAUGUAUAAGACGUUUUCUUCUCCCAUAGCGCCCUUCGGGAAUCAUGUCAGCCUUGGAUGAAGCAUGUUGCCCAGUGAAAAGCAAAAAAGAAGGAUCUGAGAGGACUUUUGAACAGGUUAAACAGAAAUUAACUAAUUUUGAUUUAUAUCAAUUACUACUUGAAAUCUAUAUUUGUUGCUCGAGUUGGUUCUAUUAUUCCUUACUAUUAUAUAUAUUUAUAUAUUUAUAUAUUUAUUAUUACUUACUCUUCUGCCUUGCAUUUGUAUUUUUUUGAAUAACUUUUCUCGUCAGAAAAUGAGGGAGAUCGUUGGUUCCAAUAAAGCGCAUCAGGAAUUACUUCAAGUUCACCAUGACUACUUUACAGUGAAACACUUUGCAGGGAGUGUAAGUUUGUAAAGCACUUGUAAUUCAUGAUCACCUCACGAAAUUGUGUCGUUAAAAAAAAGUAGUCAAUCUCUGUAUGAGUGCUGAGUCAUGGAAUGUUUUCUCAUUUGAAAUAGGUUGAUUACGAAUUCGGCGGCUUUCGCGAGAGAAACAAAGACGAGCUGUCAAAUGAUCUAAUAUCUUUGAUGCAGUCAAGUGAAAAGUAUGAAUACUAGUAAUCGUUACGCUAUUUGUUAUUUGACUGUUAACUUAACAGCGACCGACCUCUACCUUUAAUUUUUAAACAAUGUUAUUCACACCAAUGAAUCAUAAAAGAAAGCUAUCGAACGUUGCAAGCACAAUGAAUUCAUUCUGAAAUUAUGGACUGCAGGCUUCAUGAUACUUAAAAUUUUUUCUUUAAUUCACGGCAUCUGAAAUUAAACUUACAUUGUGAGUUCGCGGGCUCAAGAUUAGUUCACUUAAAGGUGAGUGCCUAUCGAAUUACCAAAAAAAAAAAGAUUAAUAAAAAGGAUGGAACCUUCAAAAUUAUGACUCAUGAUUGAUUUCAUUAAUGCAUUCUGUAUUAUACUUACGGAAAUGGAAAUGUCGGAAAUGUACCUUGUUUUUUCAGUUUGUUUGUUUGUUUUUCUUUUUGCAGUUCAUUUGUCAGAGACUUGUUUCCUGAAACAGUUUAUGGCGUAGGGCAAGGAGAACAUAAAACAAACACUGGCUCUGCUAAGAUAAAGGUCAGCAAGCAAAACCAAUCUAGACCUAUAUAUAAACCAUUAUUUUUUCCUGUCGGUCAAUUUCUUUCUAGUUAUUCUUCCACAAUUUCAGCUGUGAGAUACCAUCGUCUGAGAUAUUACUCUUUCAACGUUACCGAACAUUAAUUUUGCCCACAAAAUUGUUGAUCCUAUAAUUUGCCAGGUAGCUUAAUUACAAUUUCUGCAGCAUUGAUAUGUUUCUAGUUUCCAUUUCUUACUCUCUAUCCGAAACUUGUCUCCGAUCCCAAAAUAGAAAAUCAUUUUUUGUUUCAUUUACAGUUUCAGACAAACGGUGUGAUUGGCAAGAUCAUGGCAUGUAGUCCACAUUACGUCAGAUGCAUCAAAACAUCGGAACAGAAAACUCCACUGGCCUGGAACCAACAAAGGUACACGACAUACAUAUAUCUUAAUGAACGUUUUGGUAUGUAG